AUGCCUGGCUCUCCAGGUAUAAGUGGCGAGCCUGGUGGAGAUGGAGAAUACUGCCCAUGCCCACCGCGUUCGAGAAGUUACGCCGGCGCGCGUAAAGGUCGCAAUUUUAAAGGUAUAUCAUUCAGUAAAGCUAGAGCAGUCGCUGCUGUAAGAAGAGCAGUAAGAGGUCCACAGCGAGCUUCGACCAACUCAGCCGCUAGAUAUCCUCCUCAUCCAACUGCAGCGAAAAACGUUGAUCAGAGCAAUAGAGUCGCCAGGGUUCCUACACGUCCAGUUGCAACUAAUAAUGCUGCCAGGAGCUCCCAGCGCUCUGCAUAUAGAGCUCCACAGCAGUCAGCUGCAAGUAGAGUUGCUCGGGUCCCCGCACGCCCAUCACCUGCGUCAGCCAAACAUUCAUCAGCUCCAUCUGCUAACAGAGCCCCUCCGUAUCCUGCUCAAGCUACAGCCGCGAAUCGAGUUGCCCGAGUUCCAAGUCGUUCUUCGUAUAACAAAGCUGCCAGCGCUACUCAUGCGACUACGCGGAACAGGGCAGCGCGAGGAGGACCCAAUCGUGCAGGAGUUUCGAUAGCAAAACAGCGUCAGGCAAAACGUACGCAAUGA